CAUCAGCUUCUUCGUAAGUUCACGAUAGAGCAAUUUCUGAUGACUGAGAUUUACAUUCUGAAAAAACUCGAAUGGCGCAUGCGACCCAUUACAGCUUUUUGCUUCUUGGGCUACUUGGAACCUAUGUUUAUGGACUACCCCAUCACUCGAUUCAAUCGCCGAACUAUCAAUAAGAUCAUUAUACAGUCACAAAGCGAACCCCUUUUCACAUAUUUGAAGCCUUCACUUAUCGCAACAAUAGCUCUUCUUGUAGCUUCACUAUGCCUUUGUCCAGCCAAGUAUUCCAGUUUCUGUCAUAAACUAGUCUCAGGAAACGUCAUUGCACAGCGUCAGGCAGUGAUAUACUUACCCUGUAUGGUUAAUUUAUGCAAAGAUUUGCAACUCUCUGGUCUAAGUAGUGGUAUUUCACUGAACGAUCAGCUGCUGAUAUCUACAGCACAUGCCACUUUCUCAAAUUUCCAUCAAUUGAUUAACAAUAAAGAAUUUCUAUGCUUUGUGUACAAGAUGCUGAUCGAUCAUCUGAUCUUUGUUUCAAAGUAUAAAGAAAUAGUAGCAAAUGGUAUUAAUAAUGGAGAGUCAUCAUCAUCAUCAUCAUCAUCAAUGGGAUUAAAGAUAUGCAAAGACAUACAGUUUGACUUCCCACUUAGGUGGAAACUUAGUGGAUUACUCAAGGAUGAUGAUGAUGAGGCUAUAUUUGGCUUCCAUGGAUUGCUCUUGAGACUGCCUUUAGUUAAAGGUUUACGGUUUUUUAGUAGCCCUCUCAUGCAUUUUCUAAACAAAAUGAAUAUCUGUCUACAGACAAUACCAGAUCUAUCAUCAGCUCCUUAUCAACACCGGAAAAAGUUACAGCAAGCACUAGGUGGAUUCACUAAUUAUAGAAUGAAAAUGGAAGAUGAAGCAAUUCGUUUAGUAAAUUUGAUGAAAUUGCGCGGUUCAACAAUAAGCUAGCUACUUCACACAAACUGAUGAGUUUACUGAUAACUUUGGAUGCUGUUUACAUUUUUAUUCUAUACAAUUUUCAUUUUUUUUUUGUUUUUUGAUGAGAUGAUGUUGAGUUUUUACGAGUACAUGUAAUAUUGACAUGUAAUGGUAGUAAUGGUGCAGUGUCAAGGUAUGUUAGAAGUUAUGCUCACAUAUUUUGACCACAAAAGUAACUUGUCAAUAUAGAAAGGAUACCAUUUAUAGCUCUUUGAUGAAGAAGGAAGGUAAUACAGUUGGGAGGAGGUUUUCUUAUUAGGUGUAUGCCGAGCCACCCUUCUUCAUUUAAUUACAUUUUAACAUUUAAUAUAAAAUAAUUAAUAAUGGUUACAUAAUAAUUUUGAUUUUGGUACACAAUAUGGUAUUAUUGUAAAUGUAAUUAUUUUUUGAAACACUUAUUCUAAGUCUAUCAUUCCUUGCAAGUUAGAAUCAUUACCAACAAAUUAUUCAAAAGUGAAUGCCCUGUUUUGUAGAACGUGACAGAACAAAAGUUGAAACUCUAUCUCAGUUAGAUUUUUUUUCUUUUCAAAAUAACUUCAUCAAUAUUGAUAGAAAAUUAUUAUAACUAUGUCUAUAUAAUGGUUACUCAUUCUUUUAUAUUAGAUUUGUUAU